CGCGGCCAGUCGACGGGUCCCAGUGGAAAGAUGUACACAAUUCUAGUUGGAUUGGCGAUGCUGUUGCCUGUGGUGCUGGGCCAUGGCAGGCUGAUGGAUCCGCCGGCACGGAAUGCCAUGUGGCGCUUUGGCUAUCCCAAUCCGGUCAACUACAAUGACAACGAGCUCUUCUGCGGCGGCUAUGCGGUCCAGUGGGAGCAGAACAGCGGUCGCUGCGGCGUUUGCGGUGAUGCCUACCACGUGAAAUCGCCGCGACCGCACGAGGCGGGCGGCGAGUAUGCCAAGGGCAUCAUAUCGCGCUACUAUACCGCCGGCCAGGAGAUUGACGUUGAGGUGGAACUAACGGCCAAUCAUUAUGGCCGCUUUGAGAUGUAUCUGUGCCCCAAUAAUAAUCCCCGACAGGAGGCCACCCAGGAGUGUUUCGAUCGCUAUCCAUUGUUCAUUUCGGGCAGUCGGGAGCAUCGAUACCUUAUUCCGCGCAACACCAAGAAGAAGGACAUCUUUCGCUAUAGCGUCCGCCUGCCAGCCUAUGUCACAUGCACCCAGUGCGUCCUCCAAUGGACCUACUACACGGCCAACAUGUGGGGCACCUGUUCCAAUGGCACCGAAGCCGUCGGCUGCGGCAAGGCGGAAACGUUCCGCAACUGCGCGGACAUUGCCAUCAUUUCCAAUACAGGCGGCGGCGUACCGCCCAUUUUUGUCAACAAUAGAUCCCCGUAUUUGCUGUACUAUCGUGAUUAUCGGGCACCCGACGAUAACAAUGUGUUCCCACUGAUUGUGCGCAAUGCCACGCGGCAUGCGCGCAAACGCAAGCCACCAACCGCUUAACCGCUUACCCGCUAAAAACAAUUUAAAAAAAAACGCUAAAAUCCGCUUACCCGAUACACAAAAGUUUUUCUAGCUAAAGCAGCGCAGCACAAGGUCUACACGAAACGGGUAAAGGUCAACUGUAAACUGUAGAUGUAAGAUGCAAAACGGGUUUUGGUUGCACUCGCACAC